GGCACUGGUUUUGUAAGUGGCUGCGUUUCCUACCAACAAUAAUAAUUGCAUAGGUCUGUACAAGGUGUAGAGCAACUAUGGCGCAGCCUCCUCGGCCUGCGGAGGAGUAUGACGACGACGUCCAGGAGGACGAAGAUGAGCUUAAGGAGGGAGAGCUUGAUGAUGAUGAGUCACACGAGGCAGCUUCUGAAGGGGGAGAGGCAGCAGCAGGGGAUGAGGAGGCGGAGGACGAUGAGCAGGACGAAGAGGAUGGCGACGAAGAUUCCCAGCCAUGGGCGGGUCUCAACCGCUUACCGGAGCGCGACGACAUGCUGGAUAUUUUGAAUGAGCUGCGUGCGGAGGGGCGGAAGCAGCUUACAGUGCUACUUCUAGGCAAGUCCAGUGUGGGCAAGAGCUCGCUCAUCAACUCGCUGUUGGGCGAGGCGGUGGUGCGCGUGCAGGCCUUCAAGUUGCAGGCGGACACCGACAUCACGACCACAGUGGUGCGGCAGGUGGCCGUGGGCAACUCCGAGGUGGACGGCUUCCGGCUGAAGCUGAUCGACACGUGCGGGCUGGAGGACCCGGAGGCGGGGGACACAGUCAACCUGGGGGCCCUGUCCAAGAUUGCCGAGGACGUGCGCGGUGUGGGCAUUGACGUGGUGCUGUACUGCGACCGCCUGGACCUGUACCGGGUGGACCCCCUGGACAAGGCGAUCAUUGACGCUAUUAGCUCAACCUUCGGCCGCGGCAUUUGGCGCCGCACCGUGGUGGCGCUCACUCACGCCAAUCUGGUGCAAACGCCCCCGGGGACUGACUAUGACUCAUUCGUGAACGGCCGUGUUCGACUCAUUCGCGGCGCCGUGCGCGGUCCGCUGUUCUUCCGGCCGUCGCUGCCGGUGGCGCUGGUGGAGAACAGUGAGACGUGCCCGGUCAGCUCGGAGUCAGGUUUCCGAGUGCUGCCCGACGGCGAACCAUGGCUGGUGGCGCUGGUGAGCCAGCUGGUGGACAUGGCGGCGGCGCGGCGGCGGCCGUACAAGUACCACCCGCGCCUCAGCAGCAAGCCCAGCCACAGGUUCCGCUGGCUGCUGCCGGUGGCCAUUGCCGCCGAGGUGUUGUUCUAUCGGCGUUUCCUGCACCCGCGCCUGGACGACAACCAGCGCCGCGUUGAGCGGGAGGAGGAACGCGUGUGGGCCCUGCGUGGCCAGCAACGCCGUGCCCUAGGUCUGCAUCGCCCGCACCGGCCAGACAAGGACGCAGCAUGGCGGCUGGAGCAGAUGUACGACGACGACUAAAUCGGUGCCAUGUAGCAAGCAGGCGCCAGGUAGCAAGUGAUGCAGCCCUUGGCGGUUGCUCGGGCUGUCGAUGUUGCAUGUGAGGCGCCGAAAGGUGGCCGGCCUCCUUUGUGUACGAUGGGGCCGGCAAAGGGGACAGUUGUGUAGUGCGCCAGACAACAAAAACCAGAUACAAUCCGUCUGAUUGUGAGCUUAUGGUUGCGACAAGGGGCCGAUUAUGAAUGCGACAUUACAAGAAGGGACAGUCCGACCCAGGGGUCCCGAACCCCUGGUCCGACGAAGCAAGGGUGCCCUGUACCCAGGUCAGGAGGGAACCAUCUCCGGUCCAGGUUAUGCCUAUUCAAGAGGACUAGCGAGCUAGGACUGAAGGCUGGCAUGCGAGGCUGUAAGACACGCUAGCA